UUUGGUCAAUUACAUUUUUCAUUUUAGAAUAUAUGAAAACUAUUCAAAUUAAAACAAUAAUUUUAUUCACGUAAGAGUGUUUUAUUGAAUCGAAAGUAAAUGGUAGUUUUAUCUGCAGCUCAUGGAUUUAUGUAUACGUGUAUGACAUUCGAAUUCAUUGAACCAAAUAUUUCACUAUCGAAUUGUAGCAACACCAAUAGCAAUUCGAAUAGUUAAAUUGGAAAAAAAUAUUGCACCUGAGAUACAGAGAAAAAAAGAGAAGACAACGAUUCUUUGUGGUUAAUACUUUUGUUGGGCGUGUGUGUGUUUUCUGUGUGUACUGUGUCCAUAACAUUACUUAUUGACCUGAUUCUGUAGUGUGAAUAUUAUUCAAAUCGAUUAUCGCAUUCAUAUUUGAAAUUGCCCAAAAUAAGAAGAAAAAAAAUGUCAAGCAAACGUGGAAGAAAGUGUUCAAUCAAGACCUGCGACAAUUUUCAACACACCCAUAAACAUUUGAGUUUCUUUCGAUUUCCAAAAGAUGUAGAAAGAUGCCGAACUUGGAUCGAAAAGACAAAACGGUUUGAUCUGUUGGAUAAAAUCAACAUUCACGAUGAACGAAUAUGUCAACAGCAUUUUGAGGCGGUUAUGUUCUUGAACGAAAGUCAAAAUCGAUUGCAACAAUAUGCAAUUCCAUCUUUGUAUCUAACAACCAAACCACCACAGAUUCAACCACAUCCGGUGAAUGAUUUUAUGUUAAACGGUUUCCCUGCCGACAAACUAUUUAAUAAUGCAAUAGUUGAUGCAGCAGCAGCACUUUUAUACCAAAACAAUUUGACGAUAACGCCUGUCUAUUCGAAGCCAAAACCCAUACAAAAUGAACCGUUCUCUCAGCCCAUUAAUUUAUCGACAUCAAGGCAAAAUGGUACGCCCUCCGUUUUUAAUGUAUCCGACUCUUCAGAUGGUUCACCGAAUAGUUCGUUGCACAUUUUGGAAAGAACCUUCAUAAAUGGCACAAAAAUUGGCACAUCAACUCCAAUAAUUAAUCCAAACAUGAAUGUAGUCAGUAAUGCAAACACAGUACCAACAAGCACAUUGAUAAGUAACGGUGGUUUUCGACGUCCACGUCAAGUGUUCACACUUGAACAAGAAAAUCAACUCGCCGAUUAUGUGCGUGAAACAUCCAACUACUACUCAGGUCUAUCGUCGAAGGAAGUUCGAAUAAUGGCAUUUGUUUAUGGUGUUUGUAAUCAAGUUGAAAUGCCGCCCGGAUGGCACGAAUCUCAUCAGGCAUCGUUUGAUUGGUGCGUUGGUUUUAUCAAACGUACAAAAUUGCCACCACAAAUGAUUACUGGCAUAUCGACGAAGGGAUCAAACAAACAAUCAAAGCUAUCAACAUCGAUCGAAACAAAACCAAACAAGAUUCCACCGCAAGUCAAUAGCAAUUUUAUAAAACGCAAUGAAAACACUAACAACACACCAAUAGAAAUAGAUUAAAUCCAAGGUCUUUACUGUUUAUUAUGUUAAGUUUAAUUGUUCUUUAUUUAAAAGAGUUGGUCUGUUAAGAUUUAAAAAAUAUUAAAUAUUUAAUCGGAGGACAGCUUAUCGAUCAAAUUCGAGCGAAAAAAAUCCAUAUUUUUCAUUAAAUGAUAAAUUUAUUAAUCGAUCAGUUACACAUUAUUGAACAUUUUCCAAAAUUAACAAUUUUGUAAUUGAAUCAUUGAGUUCCGUUAUAAAAG